AUGGAUAUAUUGAGGGAGUCCCUUGAGAGAGUGAGAGUUAUUCAGGCAAGACUUGUGGCGGCUCAGAGCCGGCAGAAGGUGUAUGCAGACCGGAAGGUUCGGGAUUUGAAUUUUGCUAUUGGAGUUUUAGCUUAUGAGUUAGCAUUGCCGCCAGGCUGGGCGGGACUCCAUCCGGUCUUUUAUGUCUUGAUGCUGAAGAGAUACCACGCCGAUGGUACCUACAUUGUCCGUUGGGAUUCUAUGUUGCUUGAUGAGAAUUUGACUUAUGAGGAGGAGCCUAUCGCAAUCCUAGAUAGGCAAGUUCCAAAAAUGAUGUCCAAGGAGAUUGCUUCUGUGAAGGUGCAAUAG